UAUGUGUGUGUGUCAGCAUAGUGUGGGGCGAGACCUCUGGUUCUAACCCAGUUACUGAGGGAGAGAGUUGCGGGUGUGAGUGACCCAGAGUGGAGCCGGGGUGAAGCUGGGUUUGGAACCAGGGUCUGAAUAUUUGGAACCAGCCGCUACAGGGGGUGUGUAAUGUCUCUCUACCUCCCUCCCUCCCGACAACAUGGACCAAUGAAAGCCGCCUGCAAGUGGAUUCCGCUUUCAUUCAAGCGCCGCUCUCGUGUUUCAGCGGAACAGGGCGCUGGGGGAAUGAGUUCCCUCACAAAGCCCCAUUGUGUGAAUGUGUGUCGGGCCACGCCUGAUCGAGGGAGGGAGGGAGGGAGGGUUAGCAUCCCGGGACUUCACAAGGAAGUAUACAUGCACCAUUUAAACCUCGCCACUCCACACACCACAGUCUCAGUCUAACCCAGCGCCACAUCCCCAAAUCCUGGCCACUAUCUUGGGGCCAAACACUGGGCGAGUGCAUGACAAAGUGACCUCCACUCAUCCAACGACGCUGCAGGUUGCAGGAUGAGUGUGUCGGAGGAGAAGGACUAUGACCUGGAGUGUUCCAUCUGCUUCAGCAACUACAACAAUGUAUUCCGUACGCCGAAGCAGCUUGCGUGCAACCACACCUUCUGUCUCGAGUGCCUGGCCCGUAUGAACAUGAAGGCGCAGGUGGCAGAAGCCAUCCAGUGCCCCAUAUGCCGUUCGCUGACCCGGGUGCCCAAGGAUGGGCUGCCCAAGUUGGGCAACAACUCUGGCGUCUUGUCCUGCCUGCCUGAGGCCAUGCAGAGAAUCCAGAGCAUUCGCUUCAACCGGGGCAAGGGCCGGCUCUUCGUGAAGAAAGGCCAGUGGUCCCAGAAGAAGAGGGGGAAAAAGAAAAUGUUUGCCAGCUCAGUGAGUCAAAGCCUGGACGUGGGGCGCCCAUCAGACAUGGACAAUCACCAGGUGUCGGGGCAGAGGUGGUGGUGCUGUGUCCACAAGUCCUACGUCACCAUCGUCCUUGUCAUCAUGGUCACUCUAGCUAUCCUCAUCAGUUCCAUCUGGGUCUUUGUAGUGCGUUAGUGACCCUCACCAGCAAUGACCAGUGUGGACAAACUGGACAGAACCAGAUGCUUCAAGGAACGCAACAUGUGUGCUGAAGGAAUUUCACACUGACAUUCUUGUAAACUUACUUGUAAAUGUAAACCUGUACUUAUUCCAUCAACUUUCUUCUCUCUGUUUGAUUUUAACCCCAUUACAUGGAUCACAUUGAAGCGACUGACCUCCAGGUCACCACCAUUCUACACCUGGUCAUCUGGUCAUCUCAAUGACUCUUCCCAAUGUGGGGGAAACUCUGCCUCCACAUGGCUAGGGAAAGGGAUACCUUCUCAUGUGGUUCAAUACGAUGUAGCGAUCUAGAAGGCAAAGAGUAAUAUAUAUAUAUAUUAGCACCAAUACAGUAACGUACAGAAGCUUCCAACACAAGCUACAGUCCGAUGCAGAAUUGAAUUUUAUAAAAGGUAGUCGAGUUCAAUAAUACAGUGCAGUCUGAAGAAGGGUCUCGACCCGAAAUGUUUCCCAUUCCUUCUCUCCAGAGAUGCUACCUGUCCCGCUGAGUUACUCCAGCAUUUUGUGUCUACCUUGAAUAAUACAGAAUAUCGCCAACAAGAAGUGGUUUCCAAACUAAUGUCCUGCCCUGGGUCCAAGCAUUCUCCCACCCCUCCCAGUCUCCCUGUCUGCUCACUUCUCUGCUUUAGUACGUUGCCUUUCAGUGACGUCUCAAUCAACAUUAACAUUGCCCGUUCUGUUAGCAUUUAACAACAUCUUGCUCCCCUGGUUUGUGCACAAAGUGGAUACCAUCACCUAUUUCCACAUCAUAAGGAUAAUGCAUGAUACAUGCGUGCAAGUAUGAAGAAGGGUCUCAACCUGAAACGUCCCCCAUUCCUUCUCUCCAGACAUGCUGCCUGUCCCGUAGAGUUACUCCAGCAUUGUGUGACUACAUGCAUUCAUUAUUGGGCAAUACCAAAAUAUCUGGCAUGUCUAUCGUCUAAAAUGGACUAUGAUCCAAUUCAAUCAUAAAUAAAUGUGUUAUUGAAGACAUGUUCUCAAGUGCCAUUGUGCCCAGCAUCGGUUACUACCCAAUAUGAAUUAUUGUUGAACAUAAAUUAUUGUUAAGAAUGAACUGUUGUCCAUGAAUCAUUGUCUAAGUAAAUUAUUAUCCAUUAA